AUAAAAGGGGUCAAAACCAAAACAGACACCCCAUCAACGACCCCCUCCCAUUAAGGACUUCCGGUGAGACCGGAAGAACCUUUGUUUGUGUUUGUCAAGAUGGCGGCUGGAAUGUACCUAGAACACUAUCUGGACAGCAUCGAAAAUCUUCCAUUUGAACUGCAGAGGAACUUCCAGCUGAUGCGAGAUCUGGACCAAAGGACAGAGGAUCUAAAAGGGCAGAUUGAUUCUCUGGCUCGUGAAUACACAGCUAAUGCUCGAACACUGUCCUCUGAACAAAAGCUGUCAUUGUUAAGACAGAUCCAGCAGUCUUAUGGGAAGUGUAAAGAGUUUGGAGAUGACAAGGUUCAGCUUGCGAUGCAAACUUAUGAGAUGGUGGAUAAGCAUAUCCGGAGGUUGGAUACAGACCUGGCUCGUUUUGAAGCUGACCUCAAAGAGAAACAGAUAGAGAGCACCGAUUACGACUCGACCUCCAGCAAAGGCAACAAGAGUGACCAUCGUGGACCCAAGAAGAAGGACGUCGCUCGCCCCAAGACAAAGAUCAAGACCUCUGAUGAUGACUGCAGCUCAAAGAGUGGACAGAAGAAAGUCAAACUCACACAAGGCACCGAGUUUACCGCUCCAUCUGUGAACUUUGGGAACGUGCAUCCCUCAGAUGUGUUGGACAUGCCGGUGGACCCCAACGAACCCACCUAUUGCCUCUGUCACCAGGUCUCAUAUGGGGAGAUGAUUGGCUGUGACAAUACAGACUGCUCUAUUGAGUGGUUCCACUUUGCCUGUGUGGGACUGACCACCAAGCCCAGGGGGAAAUGGUACUGCCCAAGAUGUUCACAAGAGCGAAAGAAAAAAUGAACACCUGCAAAAAAAGAUUUCACAGAGGGGGAGUUAGAGGGAGAUGCAAGCAAGCUGUUUCAAGGCCCUCCAUAGACACUAAUAUAGAUCUAAUCUCUUGUUAAAUAAUAUUUCAGGUUCAAUACAAGUUAAGCUUAAUAACAACAUUUAUGGCAUAAUAUGGAGUACCACUAAAACUAUAUACAUUCAUUCCAUGUUUAUUUACGAGUUAUGGUUACAGAGAAGCACUUAAAGGAAGUGAAUAGGCCAGUACAUAAAGGUGACAAUACACUAAAUACAGCCACGGGAUGUAAAUUUGGGUGCAUGUGUGUUUAAAUGAUUUCAGUUUGAUAAAGUUGUUUACCAGCCUUUGGUGUAUCCAAUAUUGCUUUAUUUGUGGUGCAUUUUUAUGGCAAAAUCACACUGAAAGUGUUUUUCUAUAACCUCGUUUUUAUAAAUAAGGGAUGACUUUAAAUCAUUUUUGUAGUACAAUAUGCCACAAAUGUUGUCGAUUGAUGUAUUCUUGUAUUAAUCCUUGUAAUAUUCCUUUAUUUUGGUGCUUGUUCUCUUUUGUUCCAUCUUCACAACCCCUAUCAAAAAAAGAAAAGAAGGGGUGAUAGGUGAAAAUGAAGGAGGGGUAGUUAUAACAGUAGCUUAAUUUAUGUGUUCAGUAAUGAAGAUUUUCUAUUGUUUUUUGUUUUAGUCCUGCAUUUUUAUAUACUUAUAUUUUCAUUGUUUAUGUGAGGUGUCUGUUAAAACUCAUUUUAAAUAUUGUGAGUCAACAAACUCAGCAGUCAAGUCUAUCAGGGAGCAUAUCAGGAUUUCUUCAUGCUUACAUACAGUUUUUCAUAACGGUUGUAUUAUUUGUCAUCGAUAUCUCUCUCGGAUGAUUUCUAAGCUAGGCAAAGGCUCUAGUGAUCUUUACAAGAUAUCAACCCAUCCCUUGCUUUUUUGUCAUUUCAGUAUUUAUAAAGAGCACGAGUCAAUGUGCCUCACCAGACGGUUUUAAUUUGACAAACCAGCAUUAACAGAAAAUGGGUGCUUCUGUGGGUAUUGUUGAUGUAAAACUACUUUAACUUGACUUACUCGUACACAGAGAAGUACUGUAGACCAUACAAAACCACUUCUGUUUACAUGUUCGCAGAGCUUACAUAAAACGGUGCACUUGAAAAGGUUCAGGUUUUUCCACAACGGUUCAAUGCAGACAUUUUUGGUGCUUUUCGUCAUACACUACUUGGAUUGUUCUUAACCGGUCGCAUUUCAGACGGCUCUGAUAGACUGUUGUAAAGCAUUAACAUUGCAUUAGCAUUAGAUAUUAUAUAUUAGAUCAACAUGAUCGAUUCAAAAUCUGGUCAUUUUGAGCUCUAUUGUAACCUAUAAAUAACAUUUUGUAUAGCUGUAUAUUAGCUAGGGGUGAUUCUUUGCGACUGGAUUUUGGUGCUUAUGAACAUAGUGUGGUUGAAACCUACAGUAACACUUAAUAUCAUUGUAUUAAUUGUGUCACAAAUGUUAAUAUCAUCCUGUAUUUAAAUUUGGUUGUUUUAAAUAAAACAGUGGCAAGUUAUGUUAAGUCAAUGCUAUUUCAAAUUGUUUCAAAACUUGGUGCUACACGAUGCUUCUUACCAAUUAGUUUUAAAUGAUGAUGAUGAUAUUGUCUUGAUUUAUGAUGAAACUAAGUGUCAUGUGACUCUUGCUUUUGUCAUGUUACUUUGUGAAUUGAUGGUUCCAGAUAUUCUAGAGUACUGUACUAAUGUCAGAUAUUGGGUCCGGUGUCUUCCAUUCUCAAUAAACAAAAACAACUAAAAUCCUAA